AUGAGCAAUGGCAUCGAGACAGCCGUAUACGAAAUCCGGCCAGAGCCGACCACGCUCGGAGGUGCUGUGAACAUACCUUCUAAUGGCCUGCGUUUACUGGAUCGGAUGGGGCUUUUGAGCCAGUUGGAGUUGCGUGCAUCCUCCGCCUCGCAGUUGAAGGUGCACUCAAUGCGCGGCGCAAUUCUGGCAGACCUCGACAUGGCCGGUUGGAGCCGGGAACAAACGGGAUUUGGCUUCAUGCGCGCUCUUCGAACCGAUCUCAUGGACGUAUUGCUCCAAGAAGCCAACAAACAAAACAUUCCGGUCCAUUUCAGCAAGAACACCACCAAGAUUGUUGAAACCGAUACGGAAAUCAAUGUCACUUUCUCCGAUGGCACUCAGGCGUCAGCUGACCUUCUUUUGGGCUGCGACGGCAUUCACUCAGCCGUGCGUAGGCUCCAUGUCAAUCCAUCCCUCGCACCCGAGUAUACCGGCUUUUCAAAUAUGUUCACCAUCUUGCCAACAAGCUCUCUGUCUGAGCAACACAGCUCCGUGGAGCCAGCCCUUCAUGGUUUGCUAACAAACGAAGGUCUCCUGGGCGUCAUGCCCUGCACCGCGUCUGGUGACCAUCUGUACUGGUUCUAUUCCCUUGAAGUGCCAGUUCCAGCAGGGGACGAUAACCGAUCUGGCUGGGAAGCUCAUGGUAAAAUGGAAGUUGAGGGCUUCAAGGACAGUCUCAAGCGGGUGCUGCAAAGCUCUCAAGGCCCGUGGGCAGACCAAUUACGGGAGAUCGUCCAGAAAACCGAAACAAUCAAGUUUUAUCCAAUCUACAGGCUGCCCUUGUCAAGCUCCUGGUCUACUAAGAGAUGUAUUGUCAUGGGAGAUGCUGCCCACGCCAUGCCGCCUCAUGCAGGACAGGGAACUUCGAUGGCCUUGGAAGACGUAUUCUUGUUGUCUCGCCUGUUGAAGGACCCGGAACGACCCUUGGGUGAAGUACUUUCUAAGUACAGCGACAUACGGCGCCCUAGAGUGGAAGCUAUUGGACGCGCAUCGGUAGAAAACGGCAAUGUUCGGAAAGACGUCGGUCCAUGGGCGCUAAAGAUGAAAGAAUGUGCACUUGGCCUGGGAUUUUGGUUCUACAGAACAGCUGGCCUGCAGAAAUGGGGAAUUGGAAUGAACCAGAAGGACUUUGCCUAUGACAUAAUGGAGGAACCCAUCUAA